CCAGCAUUUGAAAGAUGACAUGCAGACGCAACUGAGACGCGCUGUUCGACCCCAAUAAUAAUGCAUUUCCAACAAAGAAAACGCUUAUUAGCAACAUUCUCCUGACCUUGCCUCCGCAAUCUCUCGUCGUACCCAUUGCAACAACCUUCUCGUGUUCCUCCUGAGCAGGCAGUGCGCCCGCACCGCAGCCAAUCUUAACUUUACCCUACCUGAGAUUGAGACACGCGUGACGCAUACGAUGGAUCAUUCGGUCCUUCGAUCCAAAACCACAUGAGAACACGUCAAGCGCCUCAGACCGUGAUAUACGUGUCACAAUGAAGGAGAGGAGCAAUCCGCCCAGCCCCAUACCUACGCCUCUGAGCCUGCAUUCUCAACCCUCCCCCGAACUUCACCAAGACAACCACGACCAAAGCGACGAUCACGGCGGCGACGACAGCCCCUAUAUAAAGCACGUCACCUUCUCGCAAGCUGAGCACGCGACGAUGCCGGCCACCGUAGUCAAGCCCCCGGGCGAAGACUCGCCGCUCUUACACAGCGAAGCCUCUGCUGGAGACACAUCGCCUGUGUCAGCGCUGAGUAGCGACGACUGGGAAGAUGGAAAAUCUCAGGACACCAAAAGCGCCUGGUAUAUGUUUCUGCUCACCGUGGCUGGAUUUGGUCUACAGAUGGGAUGGUCAGUGGAGAUGUCAAACGGGUCGCCGUACCUGCUGUCGCUCGGCCUGAGCAAGACCAUGUUAGCAUUCGUGUGGAUUGCGGGACCACUCUCUGGCGUAUUGGCGCAGCCAUAUGUUGGCAUCAAGAGCGACCGGUCGCAAAACAAGUGGGGAAAGAGGAGACCUUAUCUUGUCGGUGGAACCUUGGCCACCGUUCUUUCUCUGAUGAUGCUCGCGUGGGCGAGAGAGAUUGUGGGUGGGCUGCUCAGUUUGUUCGGCAUUGCAAGAGACUCCAAGGCCACUUCGAUAUGCAUAAUGGUCUUCGCCGUCGUUUUCAUCUACGUCCUGGACUUCGCCAUAAAUGUUUUGCAAGCGGCUCUACGAGCUUUCAUUGUGGACUGUGCACCAGUGCAUCAGCAAGAGGCCGCCAACGCGUGGGUUUCGCGCACAUGCGGUAUUGGGAAUAUCUUUGGCAUGUUCUGUGGAGGUGUGAAUCUCCCCAAAGCGCUUCCAUUUCUCGGCAAUACCCAAUUCAAAGUGCUCUGCGCUAUCGCUAGCCUUUCGAUGUUGCUGACGACCGGGAUGAGCGCAACGAUUCGCGAGCGCGAUCCGACGCGAGAUGGAACACCCGUAAAAGAAGAAGGCCUCCUAGCCGUGUUCAGGGACUUAUAUCGCGCCAUCGGCCGGUUACCUACGCAAAUUAUGCGCGUAUGUCAGGUUCAGUUCAUGGCGUGGAUUGGCUGGUUCCCCUUUCUGUUUUACACGACGACGUAUAUUGCUGAGAUGUAUGUUGACCCAAUAUACCAAGAAAACCCACAUCUCUCACCGGAAGAAGCGAACAAGGUCUGGGAGGAGGGCACAAGACGUGGCACAAUUGCACUACUGAUUUACUCACUUGUUACCUUCAUUGCAAGUGUGGUUUUACCGUGGAUGAUUGAGCCGGCUUAUCAAGCUCCCAUAACGACACAAUCUCCAGGAACGCCGCUCAUGGCAUCAUCUGAGCAUGGUUUGUGCUCACAAUCUACAAACUCCAGCUCGAAGCCUCAAACACUAUCUGAGCAGUAUGCUCACAGAUUCGGAAGCCUGGUUGAGGCUUUGAUCUCAAAACUCCGCAUCCCUGGGUUGACGUUAAGAAGAGCUUGGUUCAUGGCACACAUCAUGUUCGCUACGUGCAUGCUGUUGACUUUCAUAAUUCAGGGAGUUUUCAUGGCCACCUUGCUCGUUGGAUUGAUUGGAAUUCCAUGGGCAAUUGCGCAGUGGGCUCCCUUUGCGUUGAUUGCGUCCGAAAUCUCCAAGCGGGACGCCAUUCGUCGUGGUCUACUUCGGCCUCCGCCUACGCACGAUGGUGAAUUGUUAGCAAGCAACGAAGAUCAUUCUGCAGACCAAGCAGGUGUUGUGCUGGGUAUACAUAACGUCGCUGUAAGCGCGCCACAGGUCAUUGCAACGCUGGUUAGCAGUCUCAUAUUUAAAGGGCUGAGCAAACCGAGAGGAACACCGGGGGACGACAGUGUAGCGUGGUGUAUGAGGUUUGGAGGAAUAUGUGCGCUGCUUGCGGCUUGGUUGACUCUACGCGUUGGGGAAGACAAGGAAGGCUUAACAGACCAAGACGCGAGGAGUGGAGAGGAUCGAAGACGGCUAUUGGGACAUGAUGAAGCGUAGGAAGGUUGUCCUAAUGAUUCUCGUCUGUCUAUAGAUUGGUGUCCUAAUCAAUAUUGACCCCCUCUGUCAAAGCUUACACUGGAUUUCAUGCCCUAAGCUUGUGUAGAAUUAGAGUUCCGUUUGAACCAGGCCGGUGAGUUAGUAUGUAGGAUUCAUAAUGAGCAAAACGAUGAG